AUGGCGUCGGCCCUGAACAAGCGCCAGCAAGCGCGUAAUGAGCGUACGUUACAGGAACUCAUCAAGACAGUUCCAGGCAACGGAACUUGCGCCGACUGCGGUGCGCGGAAUCCAGGAUGGGCGAGCUGGAGUCUCGGCAUCUUUCUGUGCAUGCGAUGCGCAGCCCUGCAUCGCAAGCUGGGGACGCACAUCUCCAAGGUCAAGUCUUUGAGUAUGGAUAAGUGGGACAAUGCGCAAGUAGACAAUAUGAAGCGCAUUGGUAACCUCGAAUCGAAUAAGACGUACAAUCCGCGCAACGUCAAGCCCUCCAUACCCAUCGACAUCGACGAGGUAGACAGUGCUAUGGAGAGAUACAUACGGGCAAAAUAUGAGCAGAGGAUAUACUUGGACGCUUCGCGGCCAGGCACGCGACAGAACACGGGCAGUACGAGUUCUGAGGACCGACCACCGCCCUUACCACCCAAGCCGACUGGUCGCUUUGGCUUUGGGCUACGAAAGGCGGCGACAUCACCGCGGAAUCUGACGCCUCCACUGUCGCCGGGUCUGAGUGGCUUCAGUCAACAAGACCAAUCACCUCCACGCAUCAACAAGCCUUCCAGGGUCUUCGGUUCCAACAUACACACUUCGGGCGAUGGCAUGGAUUCCAAGCUGGCGCAGCUUCGGGACAUGGGCUUCCCGGACGACAAGCGCAAUUCUACGGUACUGAAGGGACUGAAUGGUAACUUGGACAGGGCAGUCGAGGCUUUAAUCAGGUUGGGCGAACAGGACCCUGGCAGGUCGAGAGGAAGCACCCCGACACCGGCUUCGCAACCCAUGUCCAAUGGCAUUUCAUUCGAUAAUCUGAACAGCGCACCUGCUACGACAUCGUCGACGAACCCUUUCGACGCGUUAGAUGCGCCUACUCAGCCUCAGCAGCAGCCACAACUUGCUCCGCUUCAAACCCAGCAGACCUCCUAUGGGGGGCCGGCAGCACAGCAGGCCUACUCGUCCAACUCCUAUAACCCAUUCCUGCAACAAUCCUCCCAAGGAUAUGUUCAGCAACAGGCCCCUCAGCAACAAUCACAGCAAAACUACGGCUAUCAGCAAAACCCUUGGAAUCAACAACAGCAAAACCUGGAACAAUCCUUUCAGGGUAUGCAAAUUUCAAACCCACAGCCUCCACAACCUCUGUUCCCGAACCGAACAGGAGGAGCUGAAUCCCAACCUUCAUCCUUCCCUCAAACGAACCCCUACAACCAAUCCUUCACUCCACCGCCGAUGCCGCAAAUACCCGAACAAUACAGUGCUUUCUUUGCACCGCAACAGCCGCAGUACCAAUCCAUGUCCAACCCCUCAAGUCCCGGGAACCCCUUCUUGAGAUCUUCGCAAAGCCAAAUGUUUACCCCGACCAAUCUUGCAAGCUCAAAUCCAUUCGGGCAGUCAGCAUUCCAGCAGCAACAGCAGUCUCAACCGCAGUCGGCUCACCCACAGUCGGCUCCACCACAGCAGCAAACGCCCAAUCCUUGGUCGCAGCAGCAGCAACAGUCAUCUCAAUCACAGAUAGCUUCCUCGCAGCAGCAGAUGCCUAAUCCUUGGUCACAACAACAGCAACAACAGCAGCAGCAGCAACAGCAGCAGCAGUACAGCCAGGCUUCAACUCCUCAGACGGCGAAUCCUUGGCAACCUCAACAAUCGACCUAUCAAACACAGGAUCCAACUCAAAACUACCAAGCUCAGCAACAAAGUUUCCAGAACCAGCAGCAGCUGUAUCAACAACAAAGCUCUAAUCCCUUCGACAAGAAUGCUUCAAUCCUUUCGCUGUACAAUCAACCUCAACAGACUACCCAGCAAGCGCCACAGCAACAAGCUCAACCCACAGCUGUGCAAGCUUCAACUCCUGUUGCGCAAGCACCUGGGCGCUCAAAUCCGUUUGGUGGUAUGUCUGGUGCGCCACAAGGGCAAGCACUAUCCGCUGCACAAACACCUGGCAUCAGGCAUGUCAGCAACGAGAGCGUGGACUUUGCAGCUCCCCCAGCAGACUAUUACAAGGUUCUAGAAGUCGACUCCAAGGCGACUCAGCAGCAGAUCCGUGAUGCCUACAAGAAGGCAGCGCUGAAACACCACCCCGAUCGUGUUCCAUCUGAUUCCCCUGAGCGCGCAAGUCGUACGAAGCGCUUCCAGCAAAUCAACGACGCCUACUACACGUUAUCGGACCCCACGCGACGCCGCGACUAUGACGCUGCACGUACCUACAAUAGCUUCACAGGCAGCACCGCAACACCAGACGAGGAAUUUGACGAGGAAAUUCCCAACAAUGCAGGUGCAGGCGCAGGUUUUGCCCAAGGCUUUCCGUGGUCCGCAUUCGGCUUCGGCAGCGCUCCAGCCGGCAACACAGAAGAAUCGCACAACCGCUUCUCUGAAGAGCAGUUUGGCGGUAUCUUUGAGGAGAUGUUACGGGAAGAGGGCAUGGCAGAUCAGGAUGCGCAUCCUACUGGCAAGUUCUGGAGUAUUGUGGGUGGUCUGAGUGGAGGCGCUAUGGGUUUUAUUGUAGCAAACUUUCCUGGCAUGGUCGCUGGCGCUGUUGCUGGAAACAGGCUAGGAGCCGUAAGAGAUACAAAGGGAAAGAGUGUUUAUGCGGUUUUCCAGGAAAUGCCGCAGGCAGACAAGGCGAGGUUGCUGAGCGGGCUCGCGGCCAAGGUUUUUGCUAAUGUCGUGUCCGGUUGA